UUAUUGUUAUUUUAUAAACACGAAGAAAACGUUACAAAUGAAUAAUUCGCAGUAAUAAUAUUAUUUUAGAAUCCGAUUCGACUUUAUGAAUACAAAGCGAUUUUUGUAUCGUAAAUUGCUACAUCGCAAGAUCACUGCACAGUAUGACACCGUUUUGACGUUACCUGUGUCGUACAAAUUUAUCUGUUGCCCCACGAAGGUGCGAUUAAGGAUCGAUUCAAUAUCUCGAGGUUUUGCCCGUAGUCGUGUCCACUCCUCAGACCUGAUUCACCAUCACUGUUUGGUAACACAUUAAUGAAGAGUGAAAUCGACAUGGACCAGGACCGGUACGCCCGAAACUGGAAUCGAUCGAAACCCUAUUACAAAAAGGACGACUUAGAUAUCACCCUUAAUAAGAGUAUUAAUGACGAGUCCAAAUUUGGUUCCAACGAUGAUUUACAGACAGAUGAUGGUGACAUGAUAAAUAAGACCAAUUAUUCCAGUUUACACCAAUUGUUUAUUGGUAAUUUGACUUGGUGGACAACAGAUCAAGAUAUAAUGGACGCUAUAACUAACGUUGGAGUGCAUAAUAUCAUUGAUAUUCAAUUUUUUGAAAAUCGAGAAAAUGGCCAAUCAAAAGGUUUUUGUGUUGUUACAUUAGAAUCAGAGCAGAGUUUAAAUCAAAUUUUGAAGAAAUUACCAAAUGAAUUUAUCCAUGGACGAAAUCCUAUUGUUACAUUUCCAUCUUCAAGCGCAUAUUUUAUGUUUGAAUCAAAAUCUGAAGCUCGGCUUUCUCUUCCAUCAGCUCAUCAAAACACAUCUUCUAUGACAGAUAUGUCUAGAAUUCCAAGCAAAAAGUCAUUAAAAAAUCCAUCAGUAAGUAAGCCUUAUCAUAUUGAAAUGCCACCGAUGUCUGGAUAUAAAAAAAACCAUAAACAGUAUCCAAAAAUCACAGGUUAUGAAAAUCAACAGAACAUAUCAUAUCAACAAAAUACGGAUAAAUCACUAGUCACACCAGAAAAAUAUCAAAUAGGAGUUGGGAAUUCACUUAGUCAAACGAAUCAAAGCUAUCAUUGUCAAGUACCAGUUAAUCCUAUGAUAUUCAAUCAAAUCAGCACACCUCUAACAUAUUCUCAAAGCUAUUCAUAUAAAGAUUAUCAUCAUUCCUAUAAGAAUUCUUAUGGAUCUCGCACGAUAAAUGAAAUAAAAAUGACAGAAGCAGAAAUAAAUUCCAUAAUUAACAGGAAUAGAAUUGUGUCAAGUUCUGCUAUAGCACGAGCUAUAACUAAUGCUACUAACGGUGAAUACUUCAGUGCAAUCGAAACUUUAAAUAUAGCAAUAGCUUUAAUUGAAGAUUCUAAGAUCGCUAACGAUGAACGCAGUAAAGUAUUAGUGUGUACUUUAUAUAACAUAAUACAUGGAAUUCAAGCCAAAGUGGUUAAGAAAAAGAAAAAGUUUUUUAGAUCACCUUCAAAUAGAUUAUUUAAGAAGUCAAAACGUGAACACAGUUUAUUUGAUGAAUAGGCUAUCACAGUAAAGUAAAACAGAAGACCAACAAUUAUUUAUAUUAUUGAAAAAAUAAAUAAUUAUGGAAGAAUGGGUACUUGAGGAAAGAUGGUGUUGUAUCUCUUUAUUACUUUUUUUUUUGAAAAAAAAAACAAGACUGACAAUUACCAAUUAUUAAUUAUUUUUUAAUAAGAUAUCGGAGAGUACUGACAGUUAUUGUCAUUUCAAGAGAAAUUGAUAUCGCAAGAAAAAUAAAAGUGAAUCUUUGAAUUGAACUUCUAAACAUAAAUAUAUUUGGUAAAAUUUUUAUACAUUUAAAACAAUAUCAUAUAAGUGUUUUGUGCUUACUCUAUCUAGUUGGUGUUAUAUUUUAUACAACAUUAACACGUGAUAAAUCAACAGUCAUAAAUCAUUAUAAGCUUUUUGAAUGUUUUGAAAUAAAUAAUAGUGGGAUUAAAUUGAUUUAUUAUGAUA